AUGGACAUCCCCCUGUUGUUGGCGCUUCUGUUUUCGUGCAUGUUUGAAGCAAGUGGAACUCAAAUGGAGUUGGCACCUUUAAGUCUGACGGUUGUGCGAGGAGACGAGGCCAGAUUCUCCUGCAGCACCUCCAGCUCUCUAUGGACUGUAAUGUUGUGGCUGUUGAAUGGUAGAGCGGUGCUAACUAUCUCCAAGGAGAGGGGUGUCCUGCCCUCCAUCAACCCAAACAUCACUGCCGAGAAAUGUUCAAACUCAAACAGACACUGCUGGGUCUUAGUCCUGAACAGCACAGAGAGGAACAACCAAGGACAAGUGACUUGUGAUCUCCAGCUCAUUGACAUCAGAACCGCUAAACUAUUUGUACAAGAAAAAGGAAGCGUGCAACUCUUUGGAGAUAAGAGGUUUGCCUUUAAGGGGGACUCAGUUCUGUUUCAGUGUGAAGCAGCAGGAUGGUACCCUCAACCUCUUCUGCAAUGGCAGGUUCACAACAAAAUGGUGAGCCCAGAUGAAUACAUCAGCACAGCCGAGGUGGAGAAGAGGCUCUUCACGGUGUCCAGUAACCUCAGCGUUACGGCUGAGAGGAGCUCUCGAGUGGACUGUCUGGCCUCCGUGUCUGCCCUGAACACCCCUCUGCAGAGCAGCGUCUCUCUAACAGUGGAGGUGUUUGUGGAAGAUGGUGAUGACUGCACUGUCCUGGUGGGCCUGACUUCCGCACUCUCUGCCCUUCUGCUGCUCUUGCUGCUCUCCGUCUGCACUGUUCUCUGCUACAGGCAAAGGAGAAAACCAAUUUCAGAUAAAGCCACUCAGGAAGUGAUGAGGUUCAACCAGUCAGUGUUUGGGAGCAGCUCGGUUGCUGAGGGGACAGGUGGGAAAGUCAACCUGGGCUUUUCCAGAGAUGGCCCAACAGAUGUGCACAGCAGUGUUUUUAUCACUGGAAUUGAUAAUCAGAAGAACUUUGAAACAUUUUACAAGGUUCCUGAUGUGCGCUCCAUCAGUGUCUCGCUGCACAGUCGGAGCCAAACCUCAGAGUUUCACGAGGAGAAAAUCGACGCUAUCAGGAGAAUUACCACAGUUUGA